AGCGUCAUGGCUGCCAACGUGGAUGAGCUGCAAAAUUUUGUGAGUGCUCUUGAUAGUUUGUUUCUUCAAUGUCAGAGAUCUCAAUGUAAUCGGGAUCCAAUAGGAUCAGAACAUUGCAAGAACAAAAUGGAAGACUAUAUUCUUAUCGUAGUUGCUAUGAAGACAGCUGUAGAUGAAAAUACAGCGCCAAAUUCGUCGUUAAGAAUUUUGCUUGGUAAUUUGAUUGCUACAAUGGAAAGAGAACUGGAAAAGUUAGCUGAGAUUGUCGACAAUUAUCCCAUCGAGGAAGUAAGAAAUGUUAUUUCGCUUUUGCCUAGUACGGGAGGAAGACCUGCAUAUAACAUCACCAAGGUACAAAUCGAACAGUUGAGAGAAACAGGGAUGAAGUGGUUAGUGGUGUAACAUUGCAGAACUUUUGGGUGUGUCUGAGCGAACCCUUCAAAGACGAAGGAUGGAAUUCGGAAUUGAACCAAGUUUCUCAGAAAUUUCAAAUUAUGAUCUGGAUAAUCAAAUAAGAGAAAUUCUCCAAUUGACACCAUAUAGUGGUGAGUGUUACGUCAGAGGUAGUUUAAAAGGAAGACAGGUAAAUGUCCAAAGACAUAGAGUUAGAGCUAGUAGCCAAAGAGUCGAUCCAAUUGGUAGGAGUAUACGAAAAAGGUAUGCAAUUUGUCGACGUGUCUACAAUGUUCGUGGGGCAAACCAUUUGUGGCAUAUUGACUCUAACCAUAAAUUGAUAUCAUGGAGAUUUGUAAUUCAUGGUUGCAUUGAUGGUUUUAGCAGAACAGUUAUUUACCUAAAAUGUUGCACAAACAAUAGAGCAGACACUGUUCUUCGCUUGUUUGAAAACGGUGUGGGAGAGUUUGGCCUACCAUCUAGAGUUCGAGGUGACCAUGGCGUCGAGAAUGUUGAUGUUGCAAGAUACAUGGUUUAUAAUAGAGGCACCGAUAGAGGCAGUUUUAUCGCUGGUAGAAGUGUGCACAAUCAGCGUAUUGAGCGAUUGUGGGCAGAAGUCAACAGAGUUAUGACAGCACUAUACAAGGAUUUGUUCAAAUUUCUAGAGAGAAGUGAACAACUUGAUUCCCUUAAUGAAGUACACCUUUUUGCUCUCCAGUAUGUUUUUCUACCUCGCAUUAAUGUAUCCUUAGCUGAAUUCCGAAGGCAGUGGAAUCAUCAUGGAAUGAGAACUGCCAAUCAUCAGUCACCAUUAGCAUUAUGGCAUACUAAUAUGAUAACAGUCCCAGAUGAUUCGACAGUAAUUAACUGGGAAUCCUAUGGAAUUGACUACAGUACCUCAGGACAAGCAAUUCAAACAAACAAUAACAUUGUUAUUCCCAAUUCAGAUAUUGAACUUACUGAAGCACAACUCCAUUACCUGCAACAAACGGUAGAUCCUUCCCAGGAUGAUGGGAAUAAUGGUAUAGAACAUUUUUUAAAUACAGUGGACAUAGUUGGUGAUUUUAUUUCUGAGGAAACAAUAGACAUUUGAAUUGUUUAAUUAACUAUAGUAACAGUAAAAACAAACAUUGAAAUUACAUCAAUCCCAUAAAUUAUGUAAUUUAUUUCAUUAAAACAACAAAGAACCUGCAGUACAAAUUUUCUGCUUAACAAUGUUAAAGUGAUAGUUGUAAUGUUUAUAUUAUAAUUGUACAUCUGGAACAGUAUCAGUGUUUAUACUUAUGAAUUAUAAAAAAUUUCUUUAUUAAACAUACUAUAAAGGCCACAGA